AUGGUCAAUCGUCGAGCUAGUGACGGUCCGUCGACCCAAGCACCUAUCGCUCCUGUCGUCAAGCGCAAACGACUAGCUUCGUGCUUGGGCGAGCAAGAGCGACGCGAACGCAAACGAGCAAUUGACCGAGAAGCACAGCGAUCACUGAGAGAAAAGACAAAGACGCAUAUUGCCGAGCUUGAACGAACUAUACAGAUUCUGCGAGACCAGGAUCGACAUGGCACAACAUCUAGCCUACUGUCUGAAAUUGACGUGUUGCGAGCCGAGAAUGAACGGUUACGGGAAGUCAUAGACAACGUCAAAAGCGUGAUAGGAUGUGACUUGCUCCCUCGUAAUACUGCUACGAACGGCGGGACGGGAGAUGGCGGAAUGGAGCAUUCGCCAGCAGCAUCCAGUGUCGGGCUGACAGCACCCGUCUCGUUCACGAAAUCUGUAAUCUCCCCACCAGCCGAAAGUCAUGAUCAGUUCGACUACCAGGAACCCGUUCCACCUACUGCGAAGUCGCUUGACCUGGACGGUAUGACCAUCAUGACAGGCCUUGAAGACAAUACACCAGCUGCUCCAGAUCCGAGCACGGGUAUGGAUCUCGAUCUACCACCAGUUGCAGAAAGCCCAGAACACGAGGCGGAAGACUUGUCAUGGAGCAACGACCCAGCAACCGCUACAUGGGCGCCCUUGAUGGCAGAGGUACAAAGUCCUCCUCAAAACUCUCUUCUAGCACUGACUAAAGGAACCUCCAGUUUUUCGGUCCAAAUUGGCGCUGUCCCCCGCCGGUCAUCCUACACUUCGGCAAUCCUGAACCAGUCCCCGCCUCUGCAUCCAGCACCCUCUGCCCCGGCUGGAAGAAGAGCAACGAGCUCUUCGGAAAAGUCUUGUCCUACCGUUCCUCAACAACAGGUACCUGCCCCCCUAGUUCCGAAGCAGGUCUCUUAUACCUGGGCAUACAGAAGGGUUCAGAUGCAGAGCCCCGUGCUCCAAAUCCUGAAGCAAGUCGACGAUCUACUGUUUUGCCAUCUGCCGAAUGUGGAAAGAUUGGCCGCGGCGUACAAGAGCUUCAAACUGUUGAAGUAUUAUCUUAAUGCGACCAAGGAUGAGCUGGAUAAAGUGCCUGAGUGGCUGAGACCGAGGUAUGGAUAUACCUACUACUUCUUCAAGCUGUGUACCGAUCAUUUGGUAGUCUCUCACAAUCCGCCACGAAACACCCAGUUGCUGUGGAUUUCUUUGCAUGGCCCACGCCUGCGCGACUGCCUGGUCCAGAAUCACGACGAUGUCUUCACAAACGGCAAUCUGUCAAAAGUGCCACUCUGA